AUGUCAAUCCCGCCUUUCACCCUACAAUCCCUUAUCCCCAUUGUUGCCCUCGAGGACUCUCAGCCGGCAAAUUCGCCCCAGUCUCCGGCACAGCAGCAGCAAGGCAUGACUACAUUCUUGCGCCGGUCCAAUAACGGUGGGGGAAGUGGCACAGGAACUGCUGGAGUGCGUCUGGCCGGGGGAAUUGGCCGGGGAAAUCGAGAAAAUCCAAGAGUUACUAUUGAUUGUGUGGAAGCUUGGAAUGCAACUCUAUCAAUGUAUUCUCUACCGGAUAUGGCACCAUUGCCCCCUAAUGCAUUUCCUCAGAUCAAGGCUGUAACUUGUUUUUGUCAUAAUAUUGCCCUGGAAGGUGCAGUCGAUACGAAUGGUUUAGUACAGCUGUGUGUGAUGAAAAAGCGAGCUAUACAUAUACUUACGAUAGCACCAGAUAGAGCAACGGAAAGUUUGUACAUACAUGGAGGCAAUAAUCCAAUAUACGUAGCAUAUCAGUUUGGUCGCUAUGUAUGUGUAGCCGAUGGUCGAGAAUACAAAAUAAUAGAUCUUCAGGAUAAAAAAAUGGUUCCUGUGGCUGUAUAUAACGAUCGAAGUCAAGAACGAAUAAACAACCCUGUAACACCAGUUAGACCGCUUAUCACUGUAGUGGCAGACAGGGAAUUCUUGGCUUUUGGUCAAUUUGUAACAUUUUCCGGAGAACCUACGCGUGGCGUUUUAACAUGGACGAGCUUUCCACGAGCAAUAGGAGUUGAAUUUCCUUAUGUCGUCACUCUGCUCCGAAACAACUCUAUCGAAAUUCACAACUCGGUAAAUCAGAAACUAGUACAGAUCAUUCAAAUAAAUCCGAGUGUGGAACCUCGAACUAUUUCGCAUGGAUCCGGCGUACGACUUUUAGUAGCUGAAUUGCUACAGAAGUUAAGUUGGGUGCCACUUAGACUCCAUAAAGACGAUGAAGAAUCAACAGAGGCCGAGGAAACUAAAAAGGGGCAGGCAGAUGAGGCCAUGGAUCAGGAAAACAAUAAGAUCAUAAAGAAAAUUAGCGUCGUACCUGCACAGGUUAUUCUUGGUGGAAAAGAUUCAAUCAUGGCGUUGGCAAAUACGCCAUUAAUAGUUCAAGCUGAUCAAUUAUUAGAUGCUCAUCGCGUAGAGGAAGCUUUAAACUGGGCGGAACAGUCAAGACAGAACGCCGCGCCCGACAUGCAUGACGAAAGAAUGCAACACGAAUUAUCCUACGUAUAUCAACGCGCCGGUCUCAUCUUUCUUGGAGCAACAUUACUCGAUGACGCAUUGCAAACGUUCGAAAAAGGUCGUAUAGAUCCGCGACUGAUCAUUCACCUGUUCAAGGAUUUUCAAAAGUUCGUUGAUGAUGAAUCCAUUUAUGUGUAUAGAGGUGUAAAAGAUCUUGUUGAGCGAUUGGGAACGAUCGAGGAUAUUGUUUCUCGUAGUCUUUCUAAGAACUACGAUCCGCAUAUCAAGCCAAGUGCCUCAACAGCUCCCGAGACUCAAGAGCUCCGUAGGACUCUUGUAUUUAACGCAAAAGCUACAUUACAAAAGUUUUUAGCCAAAGAUCGAGCAAAUCGUACUUGGGGUCAUCGUCUUUUAAAUGAUGCUGAUAAGAAGAUAUUAAAGGCUGUCGAUAAUGCACUUGUGAAGCUGUACGCUGAAUCGAAUUCAAGAGAGCCUUUAAAUGCAUUACUUGAGAAUGAAAACUUUUGUCUGUUGGAAUGGUGCGAGCAGGUUUUACUAGAUACAAAGAAAUUCUAUGCACUGUCGUUGCUAUACAAAAGUCACGAAAAAUGGCGGAAAACUAUGGAUACAUGGCAAAGAAUUUUGACUGAUGAGCUGCCAGAUAAUGAUUUUCAGAAUGGGUUGAAAAGGAUGGGAGAUUUACUGUCACAAUUGGACGAUGCAGACUUGGUGUGGGAAUAUGCCAGUUGGGUGAUGCUUAAGGAUGAAAUUAUAGGUGCAAAGAUAUUUAUACGAGAUCCAAGGAAACCUCUGUUGGUUGAACCAGCAAAAGUGUUAAAUGGAUUACAGGCUGUUGGUCAAAUUGGUUUAAAACUAUAUUUAGAGUAUUUGGUGAUACAACGUAGAAGUGAGGAUAAAGCUCAUCAUACAGAGCUAGUGAAGUUGCACAUAUCCGAAAUACUUAAAUUAAUACAAAAAGGAGACGGGAAAGAACAGAUUACUGCAGCAGCAACUGGAUUCGCUCAAGCAAAGAAAGUCUCAGGAAUAACAUUUGUUAAAUAUUUGGCAUCGCAACCACCUGAAGACAAAAUGAGUCAAGCACGUUCCAAAUUAUUGGUACUUCUUCAAACGUCCACACACUAUGACCCUCAACUAGUGUUGGAUAAAUUAUUGGAGGUUGAUUCCCUAAGAAUUGAAAUGGCUCUUGUUUAUGGCAAGUUAAACGAACACGAAAAAGCGCUAUAUAUAUUGAUUGAUGAACUAGAGGACUAUAAAGCUGCAGAGUUAUAUUGUCUUUAUGCUGGUAGAACCGUUAGCAGCGUCAGUAAAAAAGAUAAGAAAUAUCUCGAAGACAAAAGUCUUACUGACACAAGGAAAAAACUAUUCUUGUUGCUACUGGAGGUAUAUCUAAAAAUGAAAGAUAGGGACGGUAUGAUUGAAAGGACAAUACAACUUCUGAAUACACAAGCUGUAUACCUGGAUGUGGUUGAGGUGCUUGCAUUAUUACCAGAUAUUUGGUCGAUAGAAAUGCUACAAGAAUUCCUUGUGCGUUCUCUUCGUCAGAGCCACCACGAAUAUCGAUCAGAACAGAUAUUAAAAGGAAUAUGUCGUGGAGAAAAUACACUGGUAAAGCAUGAACUGUUUAAAGCGCGCGAGGAAAUUGGUCCCGUUGUGAUUACCACAAACCUUUCUUGCGCAAUAUGUCAGAAUCUCAUCAGUGAUUCUGUAUUUAUUCGACAACCAAACAGUGACAUUGUACAUCUGCAUUGUGGACAGAAUCCAGGAACUCGUGCCGAAAAUUAG